AUGCCUCCCCCAUGGGCCUUGCGUCUUUUUGUCAUCUGGUGCGCUGCCGCGCGCCUCUGGUGUACUAGUCAGCACAUGCCUCUGAGCACACUGUGCAUAGAGGGAGGCUUGGCGGCGCCGGGUCAUACCUUCGGGGCGACGAGCGACCCCUUGGACUCGACGAAGGCAGCGAGUUCGUUGCCAUUAGCCUCCACGCCGGUGCGCGGCGAUGCCGUUUUUCGCGGAAAAGCGCCGUCGCGUGGAGAACGAGAAGAGUCGACACGUGAACUAUGGCGCAGGGCCUUCGGACCUCGUAGCACCCCUGCUACCAGAAGAAGGCUCUUAUACACCCUGCCUCCCCCCCCAGAUCCGACCAGAGUUGAUCCAAAGAUCCUGGAGGCGGCGCGCAACCCUCCGCCACUUGCGGACCAGCUUGCACAGGAAUUGCCCUUCUCUUUCUACCUCCCUGACAAAGAUGGAUACUUUCUCGUUUUCAUUCAGGCUGGGAAGAUGAAUAUCGAGCGCUUGCAGGCUAUUUCGCCAGAACAGAUCGUGGCGUUCAUAAAAUUUGUGGGCUGCCUGUUCUUCGGAACCAUUGAAGGCCGCCCGGAGGCGCGCGUGAGGAUCGUUUUUGACUGCGACGGCGUAGACACCCUGCAACUGCUGAGGAAGGGAGGCCUGAGCACCAUGCGGGCGACACUGCAGGGCGUGAGCAACCUGGCGUUGCUUCUUGGGGACCGAACAGCGGACUUUGUUAUCGUCAACGUUUCCAUGGCGCUCAGCACUCUCAUCGAAUUGGCGAAACAGACCGCGCACCCACGUGUGCGGGUCACAGCGCUUGGCGGCCCCUCAGAAUAUGUCCCCUGGCUGACUGACCUCGUAGGAGCAGAGAGCUUGCCCGCGUCAUACGGAGGCACAGCCACGACGCCUAUCGGCGAGACUCCAGUGGCCGUCGUCGUCAGAAGGAAGAUUAGCGAUAUUCUUCGCGCGCGAGCCGUGAAACGCGCUAACAAGGCAGAGGCGCGAAAGCGGCGUUCGUGA